CCCAAACAGCCGCCUGCUCACCGGUUGGCGUCCUCCCGCGCCUCCGCCCCUCUCCCCGCCUGCCGCUGGGCAGAGUGCGGCGGCCAUCGGGCUCCUCCGGCCACGCGCUGAGUCCUAGCUCCAGGGCGACGCUCCCCUGUCGCGCCCAGAUUGAUCCGGUUCUUCUGUCCGAGCUACUGUACGUACGGACAGAUUCCUCCAGGCGAUCCGCGUCUCUCCGAUUCCGACCAUCUUUCCUCUCCCAAUUAUACUCCAUCCGAACUUCUCUGCUCUCAUCCUCUGUCUUUGAAUUUUUGAGGAAACAUCGAUGGAUUUGCCCCCCUAUCCGUGAUUUCCGUAUCACAUAGUUGCGCGCGCCCUGGCAAGUCGAUCAAGAUUCUGCUGAUCCUAGCGCCCGUCCCUGCCGCAACCGAUUCGGUCUGACCGGGUUACUCCCAAAGAUCUAAUUCAUAGUCGCUGCUAUUCUAGAUUCUCUUCAACUCGUAACAGUUUCUUGAGCCGACGCGACAGAGACGACGACUUCUGAUCGAUCUAUUCGUAGAGAUAUUUCAGUUUUUCUCUAAAAGAAAUCGAGUUAUGCCUGCCCUGGCGGCUCUCUCUCACGAGGAGGACAAGGAAGACGGUGAUCUGGAGGAGGACACCCCCCUAGACCCCACUGAUGUGCUACGAUUCGUCCAAACUGUUGGCAACGUUGAACCUGCCAAGAGGUCGCACUUGAUGAGAGACACCCUAGGCGUUCCACCCAAACCCCGCGACUGGCCCAACAUCACUCUACUCCCCGAGUCGUCCAGACAUCAAAGACAUAUGGGUGGCCUUUACUGGCACCAGACUUACCAAAUGAACCAACUCUCCGAGACUUGUUUGCCGCCUAUGCGGUAUACUCGCUGUCGUGACCAAGCUUCAGUUGGGCAGCAGCGGUGCUUUCACAAGCCGCGCCCUAUGCUCCAAAUCUUUUCUGCCAGGGUGCAGACCUUCCUGGCAGAUUACACUGGUCCAGUCGAGGUGUACGGUUGUAUCGCGGUCCGAGACUCCGAGGAUUAUCGCCGCAUUUAUCUUUUCAACCGAUCCCGGGAUAACCCGCUCACCAUCAAUUCGGCUAGCGAUUAUCUGCGAUUGUUGAGCCCCAAAAGAGGCAUGUCCAUGCAAUUUGAUUGCCUAGUUGAAGUUGAUAUCAGAAUAAAGGCAUUGCCGGGUGAUACAAAUGACAAAAUUUUAGUUGAUGGGUGUUUUGAUCUAAUCGAGGGACGGGCUACUUUCGACGUGCUCUCUAGAAGCGUGAUGGAAGGUGAACAUGGUGCUAUUGUUUUUAAUCUAAUCAUGUUUCGGAGAAGCGUCGAGGCAACCAUUCAUAUGAACUUCUUGGAAGUGCCCGGAGAUGGGUUUGAUAUAAAGAUGUGUGGGUUCACUGCCAUUUGGAAGAGUCUGUAUGCUUUCAUAGACUGCGAACAAUGCGAGUGUGAUAGCUUCGUCUCCUCCAUCGGAAAAUUCACACAGUAUUUUGUAGCGGCUGUGCAGAUGGAUGAUACACUGUUUAUCGAUUUUAUGGAGGGGAAUAUGCCGAUCUCAUUUGAAGCAGCUAUUCAUGGCACCGAGGAAAAAGUAUAUUAUUUUCGUAAUGGUGCUGUGGUGUCUGUAAAGGUGUCUUGGUCGACAGCCCACUAUUAAGGAAUAUUAUUAGAGUUCAAUUAAGUGCUCUUUGCAGCCAGGGAACUAUAGGAACUUGGACAACAAGAAUUGUGCUUAUUGAUGUACUCCCUCUGAUCCAUAAAAAAUGCCGGGGCUUCAAAUUUAAACUAAAACCCCGGCACUUUUUAUGGAUCGGAGGGAGUACUACUUUACAACAUGUUGAAUCAAGUUUGCGUUUUAGAACACUUGUUGCCAUG